UUAACACCACCGGGUAAAAUGUGUUAUAUUAGUAAACCUUGGGUUGUUCGCUUUUGGACAUGGGCUGAACCAGGUCCAAUAACAUCGGAAUUUCUCUGUGAACAUGGUUAUUUUCGACCAGAAUUAUGGAGUAUGCGUAAUUCACUGACUGUAUCCAUUCCGGAAAGUAUUUGGUCUAAUCUAUAUGAAAUAUUCGGUGGUCAUGAAAUUAUUCGUGAAUUAAUCCCGUGUGAUAAUUGUUCUGAUGUUAUUUCUAAACGACAGAAGUAUGAAUUAUCAGAAAUUAUGAGGGUUAGUUCAUCGAUCACUCCAUCGUCUACAUCUUAUGCUAUCAGUAAAAAAUGGUUAGAUAUGUGGCUACAAUUUGUCAAAGGACAAAUAUGGGCUCAAUCAUUCAAACACAUGUAUCGUAUAUCAUCAUCAUGUGUUAUAUUGUAUUGA